AUGUGGCUCCGCUACGUAGAUGAUACCUUCGUAGUCAUAAAAAACUGCGAAGUUGAACGACUGCACCAGAGUCUCAACGGUGUCUUCCCCGCCAUAAAAUUCACACGCGAAGAAGCAACAGGGGACAUCCUCCCUUUUCUUGACGUCAGUGUACAAAGACUGAGUGAUGGCAAUCUCGCAACCAGCCUCCACGGAAAAGACUCCAGGGCCGAAAUUAUCCUCAACUACGGGAGCAAUCAUCCUGCGGCCUACAAAAAAGCUGCGUUCGAACUCUUUUUCACCGCGCCUUUCGGUACUGUAGCAGCUAGUAUCUACUCAAGAGAGAACUAG